AUGUCCGGCAUCAAUCUAGCACUGCGCCGGGAGUUACUAAACAGACAGUUACCGAGGCAGCUGUUGUUUCCAGUACUAAGGUCAUAUACAACUGCACCAACACGACAUAUUGUAUUCAAAUACAACACGAAUAAGCCAGUUACAUACAGCAAACCGGUGUUUACUAGAUGCAUAUCGACCUCCUACGGUGCCAGCAAUGCAACCUCAACCGGUAAAAGCAAGCUCCCUCUGGCCGGAGUACGAGUGUUGGACAUGAGCCGAGUUCUAGCUGGUCCAUACUGUACGCAGAUUCUUGGCGAUUUAGGGGCGGAUAUUAUCAAAGUCGAGCACCCAGGACGAGGUGAUGAUACACGAGCUUGGGGUCCGCCGUUUGCAGAGUACAAAGACGGUAGAGAAGGCCCGGGCGAGAGCGCAUAUUAUCUCUCCGUGAAUCGGAAUAAGAAAUCACUGGGCUUAUCGUUUGCCCAUCCAGAGGGUGUGGAAAUCCUCCACGAGCUGGCGAAAAACUGCGAUGUGCUCGUUGAAAACUACCUGCCCAGUUCGCUCAAGAAAUACAACAUGGACUAUGACUCCAUACGGAAGAUAAACCCUCGGAUGAUAUAUGCUAGCAUCACAGGCUAUGGUCAGACAGGCCCAUACAGCAAUCGCCCCGGAUUUGACGUCAUGGUCGAAGCGGAGUUCGGGUUGAUGCAUUUGACUGGUUCACGAGAUGGGCCGCCCGUCAAGGUCGGAGUAGCAGUGACCGAUUUAACGACAGGCUUGUAUGCAUGCAACUCCAUUAUGGCAGCUUUGUUGGCCCGUGCAAAUACGGGCGAAGGCCAACAUCUUGAUGUGUGCUUGAGUGAUGUUCAGACAGCAACUCUCGCUAAUAUGGCAGAGUCUGUACUGAUAAGUGGAAAGCGAGAUAGUGGUCGAUGGGGUACUGCCCACCCAUCUGUCGUUCCGUACCAAGGCUUCAAAACAGCAGAUGGAGAUAUCUUUCUUGGAGGAGCCAAUGAUCGCCUAUUUGGCAUCCUUUGCGAGAAGCUCGGCAAGCCCGAAUGGAGCAAGGACCCUAAGUACGUCACCAAUAACGAGCGUGUACGCAAUCGAAAAGAACUCGAAGAUCUCAUUGAGGUUGAGACAACGAAACGCACAACCCAAGAAUGGUUGGAUAUUCUUAAGGGUUCUGGUCUUCCAUACGCUGCUGUGAACGAUGUUAUGGGAACUUUGAAUCAUGAGCAUACAAAAGCUCGGGGUAUGGUGCAAGAAAUCGACCACCCGUCAUGCGGUCCCAUCAAAGUUCUCAGUCCGCCUGUCAAGUAUUCGAAUGCUAACCCAAGUAUUCGUUCCCCUCCGCCUUUACUCGGUGAGCAUACAGAUGAAGUCCUGGAAUAUGUAGUGGGCUUGAAGCGAGACAGGAUUCAGAGUCUUAGAGCGAAAGGGGUUGUCGCAUAAACGAAUUGACACGAAUCAUGCUGUAUAAAAUCCCAGCCGGAAUGUACGGGUCCCUUUCCUGAUUUACUGGUGAUUGCAUAAAUUCCUGUAUAUAAUCAGUCGAUAGAAAUAAUCCUACCGCUGGUAUGGCCG